AUGGCGUCGAAUAGUAGUGAUAAAGAGCUUGAACAACAGUUACUGGAAGCUGGAAACAAGCUUCUUAACCCUCCGUCUUCUGUUGAUGACUUGCUCCCUCUUCUUGACGUUUUCAUGUAUGGGUUCAGGCAAGCUGUUGCGCUUGAUGUAUGGUAUAGCAUGUGUUUUGUGGGUGUGUUCGCGCGUAAUUUUGAAGUGUUCGUGUCAUAUGGUAGUUUGUCUGUUUUUAGGCUUAUGUAUGUGCUAGAUUCUGAUUUUCUAAUUUGGGAUGAUCUUGGAUAUUGCAUUUAUAGCAAUGACAUAUCAGUAUUAAGUUUUAAUGAAUUACUUGCAUAUGCCCAAGGAACCAGUAUUACUUGGCAAGCAAUCCACUGCAUGUUGUCCACAUGUCAUUAUGUUUGUGGGGUGGAGCAGGAACAAGUAGAGAAUUGUUUGUCAAAGGUGGAGCAGUCACCGUUAAAAUCAAUGCAAAAUGCACUUUCUCCUUCACAGAAUGCUCUGGUCACGAGUCAACUGUUUAUGCAUUCAAACAUUGAUGUGAAAGUUGCAGUUGCGUCUUGUAUCAGUGAGAUAACAAGAAUAACUGCACCAGAUGCACCUUAUGAUGAUGAUCAGAUGAAGGAGGUAUUUCAGCUGAUUGUAUCAUCAUUUGAGAACCUAGAUGACAAAUCUAGUCGGUCAUAUGUUAAGAGGGCCUCAAUUCUUGAAACUGUUGCGAAGGUUAGGUCGUGUGUGGUGAUGCUGGAUCUUGAAUGUGAUGCACUGAUAACUGAGAUGUUCCAGCACUUCUUGAAGGCUAUAAGAGAUUAUCACCCAGAAAAUGUCUUUUCAUCAAUGGAGACCAUCAUGUCCCUUGUCUUAGAAGAAAGUGAAGAUAUCUCCGUGGAAUUACUGUCACCGCUAUUAGCUAGUGUGAAAAAGGGUGAUGAGGAAGUUCUACCUAUUGCUCGAAAGUUGGGAGAGAAAGUACUUGAAAGCUGUGCUACAAAGGUUAAGCCUUACUUGAUACAGGCUGUGAAGUCUUUGAGCGUAUCUUUAGAUGACUACAGUGAUGUAGUUGGUUCAAUUUGCCAAGAAAUCUCUGGUACUGUUGAGCAGAAUGAUGUCCCUGCUGGUGAUGAAAAUAAGGUCGAUGAAGAGGAAACAACAGAAGUGGGAACUCCUGAACAAGCUGAACGUGCAAAUGACAAAUCUCCAAAGUCAGCUGUGAGCAAUGGUGUUGCACAGACUGGGGAAGAUGACUCCUUAGCAGAUUCAGAUUCCUUGAAGAAGCAGGAGGAUGAUAAUCAUACCGAUCAGUUGAAAAGCAUUGAUUUGCCAAGUAAUGCUGAACCUGAUGUUUCGGAUGCUGAAAAGGUAGUAAAUACAGAAAGUGAGGCAGAACAAACAAGCAAGAAGGGAGAGAAGUCUCCAACAAAGUUGGCAGAGCCGUCAGAGAGUUCUCGUGUUGACUCCAAGAAGGAAGCUGAGGAACUGCCAGAUGAUAAAACUCACAGCGAGGAUGUUCCUGGUUCUCCUCGUAAUGAUCAAUCUGUUGAGGGAGCAAUAUCUUCUGAGAACGUAAAAGAAACCAGCAGCCAGCCUUCCUCACCUAAGGCAUUAGAGGGUGAGUCUGUACCUGUUGCUUCCCCAUCUGUUAAUGAAAGCCCUGCUGAUGAAAAUGCUUCUAAAAAGGGUGGACAAGCAAAGAAAAAAGAGAGCUUGAACAAACAUUCUGCACCAUCUUCUGAUGAUGUUCCGAAAAAGGCAUCUGAUGGAACAAGUGAUUCAGAAGCAAAACUGCAUAAACGCUCUGGAAAGAAGGCACCUGCUGGGGCUUCCGGUGAGGAUAAAACACCAUUGAUGACAGAUGCAUCGAAGAAGGAAAGUGAUUCCACUGGUGAACCAGAAGCAAAACUGCCAAAGCAGUCAUCUAAAAAGGUGGAAGCAUCCAAGAAGGAAAGUGAUACCAUUAGUGAACCAGAGGCAAAAGCACUGAAGCAGUCAUCUAAAAAGGUGGUUGCAUCCAAGAAGGAAAGCGACACCAGUGGUGAACCAGAGGCAAAACAGCUGAAGUUGUCUAAAAAGGUGGAUGCAUCCAAGAAAGAAAGCAACAUCACUGGUGAAUCAGAGGCAAAAACGCUGAAGCAGUCAUCUAAAAAGGUGGAUGGAAGCAACAACAACAAUGAUGGAUCAACUUCAAAGCGAUCUGAGGAUAAAAAACGGCAGAGUCGCGGAAAAGCAGUUUCAGAAAAGCACGUAACCAAAAGUUCGACUAAAGAUGAUGACAAAACCCCUACAACCAAGUCAGCUGCAAAAUCGGCAAAAGAGGAACAUCUCUUGGAGGAGACCCCUGUGACUAGCACCAAGAGGAAGCGCGCCUCUGGCAAUGAAAAAGUUUCUGAUGUUAAAGAAUUUGAUGAGAAUGUGGUUGGUUCAAAGGUUAAAGUAUGGUGGCCAAAAGAUCGCCAAUUUUACGAAGGUAAAAUUGAAUAUUUUGACCCGAUUAAGAAGAAGCAUAAGGUUGCAUAUAUUGAUGGUGAUGAAGAAAUUUUAAGUCUCAAAAGGCAAAAAUUUGAGUUUAUGAGUGAUGACUCUGAGUCAGAAGAGGAAGAAGCAGCUGAUCACUCAAGUCAUGAAACCUCUUCUGACACGCCCCUGAAGAAGAGAAUGAAAACAAGUUCUGACAAGUCAGCUAAGCAAGGAAAGGCUGAUGCUUCCCCAAAAAGGGGUAGUGGAGCUUCCUCCAGCAAAUCCAAAAGUGCUGCAGCAAAAUCUGGAGGAAAGUCAAAGGAAAUCAGUAAAACUGGUGGGAAAUCUGUAGAUGACUCUAAAGUUAAGAAAUCAGAUGAUCGUGGCAAAAACAAGGAUCACACCCCUAAAAGUGGAAGUAAGUCUGACAUUGCUUCAAAAACUGCCAGCAAAUCCAAAAAUGAUGACCUCGUGACAUCCAAGGCUAGCAAGUCCAAAGAGGAUGGGACAAGCAUGCUCAAAAUGUCCAAGUCCAAGCAAGAAACCCCCAAGACUGGCAAGUCCAAGCAUGAUACCCCGAAGGUUUCCUCCUCUAAUACCAAGGGUAAAGCCUCAAAAAGUGGUGGCACAUCUAAUGUCAAUGGUGCUGGCAAGUUGAAAUCUGGCUCGUCUAAGGUGAAAGAAAUUGAUGAUGAAGAGACCUCAACAGACUCAGAGAAAUUGCAGCAAAGUGCAAAGGUGAGAUCGGGAGGCUCAUCCAAAGGACAGGGCAGUGAGGUGAAGAGUGGAAAAAGCGGCGAAGAGUUUGAAGUUUACGAUCUCUCUUCAACUGCUGCUUUGUUUCAAGCAAAGUUGUUUCUUGUCCCCAACACAUGGACCUUGAUGCCUUGCUCUCUUUGA